AUGGAACAUUCAUGUGUUCAACUAAUGGAUAUGCCUGUUGAGAUACUUCUGUUGAUUUUAACCAAAUUAACCAAUAUUGAGGUCCUUUAUUCAAUAAUAGACGUUAAUAUAGAACUUGAUAAAGUCGCAAGUGAUCCUGUCUUUACAAAUCAUUUAACAUUAAUGAAAUGUUCGUCGCAUGGUGAUAUCUAUCCAUUGGCUAAAUCAAUCCUUGAUCGCUUUUGUUUAGAAAUAUUGCCUAAAAUUCAACAUAAAAUCAAGUGGCUCAACCUUGAAUCAUUAUCUAUGAAACGUAUUCUUCUAGCUGGCUACUAUCCUAACUUACGUGGAUUUGGUCUUUUUAUUGUUGAACCUGAAACAGCUGCACAUCUGUUUGUUGGUAAGAACCUUAAUUUUGAUUGA